AUGGCCCCCCAAUCCCCAGCCCCGAAGCAUCACAUCCAGCUCCAGGUCCAGCCGUUGACAACACACUGGCACAAUCGCUCCCUGUCAAGCCUGUCCGCAACCUCAGAGACAGCAACGUUCCACUCUGCCCACGCACACUUGCAGAACAUGGAACUCCGCCAACUCACCUUCACCUCGCCCUCCGCGACACAACUUCCAGUCUUCUCAUCGCUCUCACCAAAACAUUCCAAUUCACCUACACCUCUCCCUUCCCCCAAACUCGAAUCGGCUCCCGUGAGGAUGGACCGUCAAGACUCGGGAUACGCCGAAACAUCCCCGUAUCCAGCAGCGCCAGGCUCCCGAGGCACAUCCACCAGUUCGGCAGACGGGAGACGCAGCCCCAACUCGGCUGUCCGUCCCAAGAGACGGACCACGGAUUCGAGUACCACAUCCUCCACGCGGCACCAGAAAAAGCGUGCCUCCCGCUCUUCCAACACCCGCACGUCCAACUCGGGGUCGCGCCCGCGCUUCUCCUCCUCCCACACGUCCCCCUACCCAACUCAGCAGCCAUACCAAUUCUUCCAGUUCCCUUCGCUCUCCGACCCCUCUCCCCCGGCUCCCGAAGUCACCGCGCCAGUCCCAGCCCCGCCCGCCACCGUCCAGUACUGGACAUCCGACUCCACGCGCCGCCUGGAAUACGCCGCGAUCGAUGCCGCGAGCCAGGGCGUGCGGGGGUUCUUGAUCAAGAUGGUGCCGGACUGUAUCCUGCCCGAGGCCAGCCGGCGGCCGCGCUUCUGUGAGGACGAUGGGGAUAGCGAUGCGGGGAGCGUGAGGCGGUAUCGUUUGGCGAUGCCGGACGAGAGUGAGAAGGAGCGGGCAGGGGUAAAAGGUGCUACGGGCCGGGAGGGGAAGAAGGCGAGGCCCCGGGCGGCCCUGCUGAGGCGGUGGACCACGUUUGGGGGUUGGAGUGCUUCGAUGUCGGGAAGACGAUAG